AUGGUCGCUGUUGGUCUCACUCAUUGCAACGACGGAAAUCGCACUCCCUACAGGUUAACGAACCAGGAGGGGGUUUACUAUUCCAACGCUGUGCUUCAAUGCUUUGCAAGGCUUAUAGACCCGUAUUAUCUAGAAUCCAAGCUUAGGAUAACCGACCUCCAAAACCACGGAGCUUUGUGUACAUGGCUGGAUGUUACAAGUGCGCCUCAAGUGGACAAACACGUACAAGAGAUUGAAUUGAGACACAUCAACCCGGCUGCAGACUUCACCCACAUAGUGAAGCUAAUGCAACAGGAAACGGCAGACGCUGUGCAUCCAUAUUACUUCCAAGCCAUCUUAGCUGCUAAAGGUGGGGAGAACGGCAAGGAAUUUGCAUCUGGUGAGGGUGCAUACCCCUACUGCGCAAGCUUCAAUAGCCACUCUGGAAUAGUGUCACAUCCAGUUAUAGAUAAACUAUGCAAGAUCCGUAGUGCAUUCGCCAACACAUGUAAUUCAUGCCUUCACGGGGAGCUUCAAGAGGAUAGACUGCAUCUAGAUCCUAAAGGAACGCCUCUUUCUUCUCCCGAUCAGUUGCCAGUAACCAUUCAAAAGCUUUUAAAUGCUCACAGAAAGCACACGGAAGCAAAAAGAGAGCGAUGUGUCAAUUGCAAAAAAGCUACAGGAGAAAAGGCGCCUAAGAUACUACCUAUUGAAAUCAAGACGUACGAGCGAGAACUAUCAGUGAAUAAGAAGAUGAGAUAUAAGUUCCUCUUCUCAAAUAUUGUUCUUAACAAAAAGAUCCAUAUACCGAACGUCGACCGCGGGCACACGAGGUACGAACUGCAGGCAGUCGUUAAGCUUAAAGGCAAAGGUCAUGAACACGCUGUAGCGUUUAUUCGCUCGGGCAAACACAGGUGGUGGAAGUGUAGCGACGAAGAUAUCACAUGUUCCACCUGGGAGGCAGCUCAACGCACGCACGGCGAGGGGCAGGUGUCCCUCGUAUUCUAUCGUAAAGUUCAAAGUAGGAUCUAA